ACUGUCUGCAACAAAAUGAAAGCCAUAACUCUUUGCCUACUCGUCCUGGUUUCGGCCAGCUGUGUGCUGAGCGCGAGCCUGAGUUCCAAUGGUGUGGACUCCUUUGCGUUCGAUGAUGAGCAAAUCGAUUUGCUUUUGGCUGAAUUGGAAUCGGGGGACGAUCAGGAAUAUAUGGACAUUGAAUCUUAUGGUUUCAUUCUCUCCUGCAAAAAGAUUUUGAUAAAAGCCCUCAAGGGGAUUCGCGGAACCAAUUGCAUUCUGAAGGAGGUUGUUGCUGUGUUGAAGGCAUGCACCGAUUAUGUGGAUGCCAUCGAUAAAUGCGGUGUGGCUGUCCCCAAGGAUGUGGCCAACAUCUUGUCCUCAGUGAAGUCCAUGAUUACUAUUUGCAAUAACAUUAUCCAUGCCAAUUCGACCUACUGUAAUACCACUGCCGAAGCCGAAGCCGAUGCUUCGUCCAGAACAGUUGCUACCUCUGCCAAGUGCUUUACCAAAGUCUUUGUGGCCACCAUGAAGUUGGUCCGCAAGAUCAAUGUCACCUUGAAGUUGAUCGCCAAAUUGCCUUCUGAUACCAGCUCCUGCUUUGUGAAUGCCACCAAUGCCGUGAAGUACGCCUGCGAUAACUUCUUGCCCAAAAUUGAUUUGUGCAUUGAUUCGAUGUAAAAAUGGAAUGAAAUAAACGAAAAUUUAUGAGCAAACCGCA